AUGGGCAUAAAGAUAUUUGAAGUUCUCUUUGCAGGCAAUGAAAGUGUUUACAAGCCAGGAGAAAUUCUGACGGGUCAAGUGCGAAUUGCGUGUGAUAAAAGGGAAGAAAUUCGUUGUAUAAGACUCAGUUUUGCUGGGCGAUCUUUCAGCGAUUGGACUGAAUCAGAGGGUGCAGGUGAAAAUAGGAACACAGUCCGAUAUACCUCAGAUCAUUACUUCUUCAAUGAAGAAAUGAUAGUGAGGGGAGCCGGCAAGGAUGGACCUGCUGCAGACCGAAUCACAUUAAAUGGAGAACACGUAAUACCAUUCCAAUUUCAAAUCCCGAACGCAUCACUCCCUCCUCCAUUCGAAGGAUUUCAUGGCUAUGUGAGAUACUUUGUCAAAGUUACUCUCGAUAGACCGUGGAAGUUUGACCAACAUACUGAGAAGUUCUUCAGCAUCUUAACCACUAAAGAUCUCAAUUAUGAGCCCGAUGUAUUGGUUCCGCUGAGCAACCAAGUUGAAAAGACAGUGUGUUGCCUUUGCUGUGCCUCCGGACCCAUCGUUCUUAAAGGGAUCAUUGACAAGAGGGGGUACGUUCCAGGAGAGUAUAUCUUUGUUUCGGUGGCUCUUCGCAAUAACAGCUCGAGGAAAAUCAAUCGCAUCACUGUAACAUUGCAACAGACUUCAUACUACACCGGAGAAAGUUACGGCUUCGGCAGACCACGGAGAACCAAUCGUACGUUUCAUACGAAGCAGGUGGCUGAGCUGUAUUUACAUGGAUGUGAAGCCAUGGGGUCGAUCAGCCACGAUAGAAUGAAAAUGCUUGUUCCACCUGUACCUCCCUGUAGCUUUGAUACUUGCCCAAAUAUCAGCAUUAUGUAUCAUGUCAAGAUUGAAGCGGGAAUUCGCGGGACAAUGAUGGACACCAGUGUGGAGAAUAUCAUUACGAUCGGUACUAUCCCAGUAUUCCCGCAAACCCGAAAGACUCUUCCGACUCCAGGUCAAGGAACUUUUCCAGAAUCACACAUACCUACAGCAAGUGGGCCAGCCCAACCAGGAGGACAAUGCCCGUCAGAGUAUCCUACCCCAGAGCGGACUGGAAUCCCGCUACCAGAAGUUCCCCUAGCACAAACAUCGCAAAAUCCAAUGAUGCAUGAAAAUGAUGCAACUGCUCCACCUCCAUCAUAUGAAACGGCCAUAGAAGGUCCUCACGAAAUUGAAAGCACUGAAGGUUCAUUUUGCUCUAUCAUUUAUGCACCUCAAUACCCGUACUACAACGCAGAUGAUCUUUAUGCUACUAUGGGUCUUUCAGGAGAAGCAUCUGUUCAAGAAGAACAUCACGCACCAGUAGUGAACCAACCUAAAAGCAUCCAUCACCCUCCCUGA